AUGGACAAAAACCCUGCUCUCACAGGAUCCAGAUCCAAGCGAGCCUAUUCAUUUCCUUCGGAAGGAAAAGAUGACGAGGUAUCUGAUUCCCUUGCCAACCUCGGCCAUCCCCAUCGGCCGCUCGUGGCCUUCGCUGCCAAGGUCCUCCCUCUGACGCCCCUCGGUGACAAGCGAGACCGCUCAUCACCCAGUGGUGUUGAAGACCCCAGCAGUAGUCCAACCCUACUUCAUCCGCCUAUAAUUCCACAUGCAGAGUACGAGCACUUGGCAUUUGGCCCUCUCCCCAAAGCCGAAUCUUUCGACUCUACAACCUCUCAAGCUUCCUCUGCCACCCAGACCAGCGAGAUGCUCGACCCAUGGGACGCGCCGGCCUACGACCCCCGCAUCGGCACAGAGCUCGAUUCCUGGGACAACCCACAGCUGCACAAAAUUCUUGACACCCUUCAGGUCGCCAUGAUGAACCGCUGCCAUGACGCACGCGCCGCCCUCCCGCAGGAACUCAACAGUCUAGUGUCCCAGCUGAUAGAGGCCUUCCCCGUCAUGAACCGCAAGGUCUCCGUCGCCAAGUGGAAAGUCGAUCAGGUCACGGCUGCGCGGGAAAGGGAUCUCGGCAAAUUUCGAGAACUGUCUCGCGAGUGGAUUGGUCGUGAAAGGGACUACAAAGCGGAGGUCAGAAGGCUAGAGAAGCUGCUUGCCAGGGAGAGCAGCAAGGGAAUGGAGGCUGUCUCGCUGGCGAGGAGUCGCUCCGUUGUCGACCGCAGUGAUACCAUGCGUUUUGUACGCAGCCUGGAUCAGGUGGAAGAAGAAGUUAGGUCAAGUAUUGAUGAUUUCGAUGCUCCAGCAGAGACGAGUGGCUACACACGGGACUCGCCUACUUUCGCGACAAAUCCUGCUUUAGAGCUAUUCCCCUUUGAUGGACAGGCCCCAUCCCACUCUCUUAGACUAGAACCACCGCGGGUAGCCUUUGACAAUAACCAUGACAGAGAGGUCACAAAGAAAAUGGAACAAGCGAGAAAUGACGAAAAGAACCGUGAGAUAAUACUUCCGAAUCAUCCAGGGCGCCCUCAUGCCGAGGGAGUGCGGCUGUUUUCGGCCCAUAUCUGGCAGACCAAAGACCAGAGAAAAAGCGAGCGCCAAAAGAGAAUAGCGUCAUUGAAGCGGCUCGAUACAUCCAAAAGACCGCGAGCGCAAGCAUCUACCCCCAGUGCCAGUAGCGUGGGGCCAGCCACUGAAGGCAUGAGCAAGAUUGAAGAUAGUGGGUUUGGAGGAGAGUCGGCCCUACAUACUUGCGAACAUCUGAGGACAAACUCGGCACCACAUGGGAACGAGACCCAAGGUAGUCGGGCUUGUGAAAUAGGCGAACUUAACCGCAGCGACACUUCGCAUUUGGGACGGCGGCUUAGCCCUGUUGAUUCGGCCUCUUUAUCCAGUGGAGACUCGGACUUGGAUACCGGAGCCCAAUGUGUUUCUGCCCACAUGUACUCCGUGCUUCCUGAGCGCAGUGACACUGUCACCCAAGCAAACUACAACGCGAGCAUCCAACCAGGUUGCUCUUACCAUCAAAGAUGGCGACCGCUUGGCCACAUAAUGCAGAUAGACCAGUUUUCCGGGCCAAGGCGUUUUUCAUUUGAACUAGGCGAAGACUCGAUUGAUGUCAGUCCCAUGCUGGCGCCCAACGAGUACGCGGGGUAUCCAUUUCCCAACAUGAAGAGUGAUGGUGGUGCAGGGACAUCAACCGCCACAUCAGUUAUGACUCCCUCGUCGAAUUCGGAGGCAGCCACUGUCUCACAUGCUUCUGGUGCUCUGAGAAUGUCUCCACAAGGGGCUGGUAGAGUAUGCGCUGAUGAGUCCACCGCUUUUGGAAAACAAAUGGGUGUCAACCCAAUAGCUGGGCGCUCGAACCUUCCCCCAACCACCCAUUUACAGGAGCCUGUCAAUAGCUCAGAGCAUGCCCCAGGUGCUGAGAACUCUAACCGCAACACCUCAGCCAGAAGCACAAGCAAGGAUAUGAAGACAGCUAGGACCACAUCGCACAUUACGGGGCCUGCUGACUCUUUGGCGGCUCACCAGGGAGAUGCCAUAGCUGCAGCUGUUGCUGCCUCGUCCAAGGCCUCUUCAAGCAGCGGGAAUUUUAUGAUUGGAGCGCAGAUUACCAAGACGAGCUAUCUUACUUCGACCUUCCGUAGUGGCAUCUAA